GAAAUAAAAUGUUUACUAUGAGAACAUACGAUAGCUUUUCAAAUUUAGGGAUGUAAUUUCUUGCUUUAACAGAUUCUGUCUUCAGUUAACCAACCACUUUAAUUUACGACUUCGUCCUUGUUUUUAUUAUGUUCGUAGCUUUAUUCAACAGACAACUUGAAAUAAACUAUAAAUCAUGAAAAACUCAAACGAAAAAGUAAAUCCAGUUGAAAAUACUUUGCGUAAUAAGAGUGCUAGAGGUCGUUCUAAAAGUCGAAGCGGACGUAAAUCAGAAUCGUCACUUGGAAAAUCAGCGGAAAAAAGUGGCAGCAAACAUUCUGAUGCAGUGGAUGGGUCAUCAUUGGCAUCAAUCAUAGAAAGUCACAAACCAUUAGAUAUAUUCAUUCAAAAUGAACUAAUGCCUAAUUGCACACCGAUAUUUUUAUCAAAAUCAACACAACAGAUAUUUAAUAUUGUAACUGAUGAACAAAUUACCAAAGAAUCACCAAUCAUUUUAUUGAACAAAUCUGAUAUACUUAAAGAUUUACAGUUACGUGCAGCUGUAUCAGAUUUCAGUGUACAAAAAGUUGCAAUAAAAAAGUAUCCCGGUUCUGAUAUUUUGUUAAUUUACGAUGCAGAUUAUAAAUUUGGUGAAAACUUUGUCAUUGUCUUAUCUGAAGAGACAAAAUCUCUUAUACUGAAUCCAGUUAAACAAGCAGUUGACGGUCAGUCAGAACAUGAUGGUGAUGGUGAUGAGAAUGAUGGAAGAAACGAUGAUGAGGACAAGAUAGAAGAAUACAAAGAGGCCAGUGAUUUAUGUUUUCUAUUCAAAUCGAGAUCAGAACAUGGUUGGAUUGAAUUAGGUUCAGAAAACGAAAUUGCCGAAAUGAAUACUUUUGAAACACGUUCAAAAGUACAUACAAUUUUUCAAAGACCACGUAAAGAAUUUGGUAGUGUAUUACAUUUACAAGAUGAAAGUGCGACAAAGAAAGGUUGUUCUGAACAUAUUUUAUCACGUGAAGAUGAAUCAUUUAAUAUACCUAUAAUGGAGUUAGAUAAAUCAGUCACAAAUUGUGAAACCACAUGUGAUAAAGGUAUUAAUACAAAUUGGAAAUAUCCAAAAAAUGCUUUCACUCAUUAUGUUCCUAGAAUGUUUACGUCUGAUGAAUUGAAACAUUAUUAUCAUGAAAAUAAUGAUGCUUUACGUAAUAUAUCGAAAUUAUACACACUAUUUGAACAAAGUUUAUUAGAAAAUGAAAUGUACAAUUUUUUAUCAAAUGAUUAUGAGAAUUUACCCAUUGGUGAUGAAACUUAUGAUACAAGAAGUGACAAUACAUUCAAAGAAUUUCUAUCAUUUACUGAUUUAAAAUUUAGUAAAAAUAAAGCUAUUACAAUGAUUCAAUGGCAUCCAAAUAUUAAAGGUAUUAUUGCAACAUCUAUUAGUGAACGGAUAAUUUAUGAUCAACGUAUUGAUCAAGCAUCACGAAUUCUUUUACAACCAACACAUAUUAUAUUAUGGAGUUUUAAUGAUCCAUUAAAGCCUCAAUUAUUAUUACAUGCACCAGAUGAUAUUAUGUGUUUUCAAUUUAAUCCAACUAGUCCGAAUUAUAUAGCUGGUGGUUGUAUCAAUGGACAAGUAGUUCUGUGGGAUAUUGAAAAACAUAUUGACGAUUUAACUAAUGUUAAGUUGCGAUUGAAACAAAAUAAUCAAAUGCCUUUAUUUGUUUUUGAUGAGAAUGAAUUAAAUAAAGUAUCAACAUCACAUUAUUCUGCUUUAAGUAAUAUUGAAUCAUCACAUAGUUCACCAAUCAUGGAUUUGAAAUGGAUACCGGAUCAUAUAGAAAUUAAUCGGUUAGGAUACUGUUUUGAAAAUCAUGCACAGAAAUGUGUUCAAUUAAUGACAUGCGGUUUAAAUGGUGAAAUAUUACUAUGGGAUAUACGGCCAGAGAAAACACCAUUAGCUAUAAACAAAACAAGUGAUUCAAUUAAACCACCAAAUAAUGUACCACUAAUAUUUUCGACACUGGAUUUGAAAUGGAAACCAUUAUUAAGAAUACAUUUAUAUACAAACGAUCCAGUUAAUGACCAUGUACCAAUUAAGUUUUGUAUACGUGAAAUGCAGGGAGAUCGCAGAUUGCUAACGUCUAACACAAAAGAUUCCAGUAUCAAUAUAACUGACAACUCAUCUAAAUUACUCCCACUUCCAAACGCCGACACACAUAUUUAUGCCGGGACUGAAGAUGGUGUUAUAGUUUAUGUUGACUGGAUACCACAUAAAGAUCAAGACACUGGGAAAAUGCAAACACCCAAACCAGAAUUUUGUUCGUCACGACAUGAUGGUCCAAUUAGUUACCUUUGUCGUUCACCGUUUGAUUCCUCCCUAGUCUUGGCUAUUGGUGGAUGGAUAUGGACAAUGUGGAAGGAAGGAGUUACCAGUGGGCCGAUCAUAGAAUCUGGUCGUGCAAAUAAACCAUUAACAGGUGGCAGUUGGUCUCCUACACGUCCAUCAGUAUUUUAUACAUGUCGUGUUGAUGGUAGUAUAGAAGUUUGGGAUUUACUUGAUAAAACUUAUGAACCAACAAUGAUUCAGUCAAUAUCUGCUAAUCCACUAACUGCUUUAUCUAUAUGGGAUUCACCUAAACGUCAAUUUAUAGCAACUGGUGAUAUUCAAGGUGUACUACAAUUAUUUAUUGUACCUAGACGUUUACAAACUCCUUUACCAUCAGAAUUAAAAAAAUUCAAUGAAUACAUUGAACGUGAAGUGAAAAGAAAAGAGUUUGUUUCGAUGCGUUGGAAUUUAAGAGAGCAAGAGAAAAUUGAACAAGAAGCGGAAAACAAAAGAAGGGCUGGUUUAGCACCAGCUGUUAUGUUGAGCGACGAAGAAAUCAUUCAGAAAGAAAAAGUAAGUUAAAAGCAUAACUACUGUGUAGUAAUUGUGUUUAAUUCUAAUUAAAAUAAUUUAUUAUUUAAGACAAAUAUUGAGGGCAUUUAGAGUUAUAACACUUUUCUCAAUGCAAAAAUAUUUAUUUAAAUGUAAGAAGUGUCUAGACCACUUUGCUUAUCCUGAAGGUUUCGUGGCGAGACUAUAAUUUAUGGACGAACCAAUCAGAUUCAGGAUAACAGGUCUAGAAUUUUAAUGCUAUAUUCAUUCAUCUAUAUGUCUAAAUAGCGUUUCGGCAUUUUUGCUGAUGUCAGUUCGUGAUGAAAAUCACAAUUGUAAUUCCUAACUCUCACCAUCAAUUGUAAAUCAUAAUCAUUAUCCUUCAAACUGCUUUAUAAUCCUCAUUUAGCCCUAGUAAGUAGGUGGACAUUUCCAAGGUCACUUAAGCGUAGCCCAAAUGUCGUUUAUAAAUUAUAGUCUCACUGAGUUAAUGAAACAUUUACUUAUCUACCUAAAAUUUCUAUCUGAUAGCUCACUCCAUAUUUGUCUAAGGCCAUGAAACAGCUUAUGGAAGCCAGAAAUAAUGGGAGGUCAUAAGUAUUUGACCAAAGACGUUUUCAGAACAUUGAUCGGGUCUGAUGAAAUUGAAAACUGUAAUUGUGCAGAUUGUGCAGAUUCACUAAUGCGAAAUGCUUUGACCAAGUACAAAGAACACACGGAUUGCUCAAAAACAAUACUUCAAAAAUCACCUCGUCGAAUCUCAAAAUGUCAUUAGAUUUACUCAUAGUUGUGGAGCCUGAUAAAAUAAGGUAAAGUUUCUUAAUUAAAGGAGAACUAUGGUAUCACAGUAAGACUUAUCUCAAGAAAACACAAGAAAAUCAUGGCUGUUUUGAUGUUUACUGUGUAUUAAGUUAAUCUAAAUUUUAGUUCAGCUAGAUGACUAAAAUGAGAAGGGAAAAGUCUUACGUUUUUUAUGUCAUCCAAUACAAGAUCAAAAGCCAAAAAGUUUAAAAAGAGAAUGAAGAAUAUUAUUACAGAUGUUUCUUUUAAAGAGUUGUCAUCAUCUACAUAACUCUUAAAAACUGGAUAGUAUCGGACAUCCGUUCUCUCCUAAUGUCAAACUCUUCAGAAGUGUUCAUGCACGACUCCACCAAAGAUCGAAAUCAAGACCUUCUGGUGUAUCAAGCAGUAGACAACUUAAACAUUGUCAUUUGAAUAUCGCGUUAUCGUUGGAAGUUCUAAAGGUCUUGAGUCCCAUAUUGGGAUCAUGAGCUCUUAAUGUUUGGAAGUCUCGUACUGGAAAGAAACCAGUGUUUAACACCUUUGUUAACUGCUUCUCAAAUCAAUCCAAUAGGAAAAUGAUCUUUAACUCAAGACAAUAUAUAAAAACUCAAUUAAACUUAUUAUUUGUCUAAUUAUUAGAGACUAUAUUAAUUACAGUUAAAAUUUAUCAGAACCUCAUUUUACCUUGACCUUAUAGGAUUGUUAAGAAUCUAAUCACUCCGAUCUAUAGUACGGUAUAAACCAAAUAGCCAAUAUUAUGUUCAGUCAGUGACGACAAUAAGAUAACCAAGUUUCAGAUAUAAUCGCAUAUGAUUUUAAAAUGUUUUAUAUUUGAUUAGUUUAUCGUACAUAUAUUUAUAACUCAUUCUUUUUUGUGAAUAUUCUAGUUCGAAUAUGAAAAGUAUUUAUCAGAAGAACAUACUUUCUUAAGAUCAUUAGGACUAGUUGAAGAGGAUGAUUAAGAAGAACAUUCGUUUGUAUUUUAGAAAUUUGCAACCUUUCGAAACAAUCUCUUUCACAUGAAUGUUAUUAAAUAUAUCGAUUUUAAUUAGGUGUACUCUUUUUGACGAGUUGUUUUUUUUCAGGACCGAUUGCAGGUUAGUGAGGUCAUCUUUUGCAUGUAGCUCAAUUCUAGCUGUAUAUUAAACCUAUCGUUUUAAUUUUUACGAGAUCGAUAUAUUACGGAAAUUGAAUAAUAGGAACUCUUACUUUGUACAGUUCUAUCUAAAUGAUAAGCAGAGAGACAAAUAGGUUUUUCUGACAGCAUUCAGAAUUAGUAGUGGAAACAUGAACUAACGUAUAAUCUAAAGGGCUAUACUGACUUUAUGACUACUUUUUGGGGAAAGACAUGGAAAAUUUAUAAACUCCACUAUUUUUCUAUGAGUAAUUUUAUGAAUGACUAUACAAAUUAUUAUCUACUACUAGGAAGUCUUUUCAGCUUCCUGUGUUAUCUCAGUGACAGAUAAGUUAUGCAGUUUUUCAUACCGCUUAGGUAAUCAACUAAUCUGUAACCUAACCUGACAAUCCUUUCGAGUAGUAAGAACUACUUUCUUGCUCACACUAUAGUACACUUAACGCUCUGUAAUAAUGACUUUUGAUUUUUUCGAUACUUGAAUUUAUAUUCGGUCUUUCGUUUGGUGAUAGUGCUGGUGGCAGCCGUGUUACACUCACUACUGAAUUGAAUGUAAUCGUAGAUCCAAAAUCGGGCUGAUUAUUUUUCAUCUUCGAUAUACACGUACGUUUUUGCAUAAAUCAAAUUACCGUUCCACACACGAAGGUUAGAGAUAACUGAAGAGUCAGAAGCCUGUCUACGUAAUGUAUGCAAUCUGUCAGUUAAUAAUGGCUGUAGUAUUGUGGGGGGUAUAUAUUUUAUGCAAGAGUUCCAAACUAUGGUGAAUAUGUGGUGUUCGAAUGAACUAAUGACUUCUUUGUACUUCUUGAAUGCUUGAUUUCGAAUUCGAAGUACAGUACAUUUAUUUGUGCUUAUCUAGUACUUUUUGAUCCGAUUGCGUUAUUUCCAGGAUACCUAGUUUAUACUUUAAUUCAAAUACUCCUGAUGAUUAUUGGAUUUACUGUACAAUUAUGUAUUUUAUGUUGUGUUUAAAUCUGUUUAAACAAAGCAAAACUAUCUCAGACUGUGUAUUUUUAAAUCUAGUUCUUAGUUGUGACUUGUUAGGUUCCAUACAUACUAAUUUCUGAAGUACUUAGUUAACUCAUUUCAGAUUCAUGCAAACUUGUCUGAUUUCUAUCAGCAUUUAUUUAUUCAACGACAAUUUUGUCUACUUUGUGAAAUUCAUUUCUAUUCUUGAAUUUACCAUUUAGCUUACAUUAUGUAUUGCAAUUUUUGUCGCAUUUUGUACACAAAUCACUACAUGUCAUAGAAUACAAAGUUUGUACUGUGACUCGCCCGGUUAAUUAUCACGUGAUGAGGUCGCCAGUCAGAACACGAUCUAUAAAACCUGGUUUGGCAUUAUUCAUUUGUAUCACAUCUUCAUCCCUCUUGACGAACAAGAACACCUGUUUAGCUAGAAUCUCUUCAGACCUCGAUGAAAUUUCACCGAACUUCUACUUUUGGACAUCACGAAGCGCGCCUUCGUAGACCAUGUAUGGAGAUCUAUGCCCAUAGGGGGUUGAUGUAAGGGCCCCUCAAACUGCUAAACUGUAAGUCUUAUUUCAGUAACCUUCAAAGUUAAGGAGUCUCUUGCUCAUAAUGGCACAUGUCAUUAUCGAUUUGAAAUACAUAAGCACGUUUGGGAGACGGUUACUCCAGGAUAAUGAAUACUUCGAUCAAGCUGACGAAUAGACGAGUCCCUUAGAGCAUCGAAUGAUUUAAUAUACAUCAGUUUCUGGAAACAUGACCUUAUUAAUCAUGCUUGUCUUAUCCAACUUUAGAGCGAAUAUAUAUCUACUCAUCGUUGACUGAUUGACUUGCUUUUCUUCAAAUUGAUGACUAUUUUGUGUUUUUCAUUAUAGGUAGAUACAGAUGUUCCAGUGUGGUCCACGUGGUUCAUUAUUAGGAGUUUUGCUUCACUCACUGUGUAAAUAUAACCUUUCAUACCAAG